AUGUCGGCGGGCAAGCGCUAUCGCGCGGAGCCCUCACGGAAGACGGUGCUGCUGGAGGUGGGCGAGUCACUCCGCCAGGCCAGCCGCACGGGUGAAGCCGGCAGUGGCGGAAUCGGCCGCGGAGGGGCUUUUGCGGGGGGGCGUUCUCUUAGCCGUGCGGGUGGCGGCGAGCGGAAUGCGCUUCUGUGCUCGCCGCCAGCCACGGAGGCCUCCGCGGGCGGGGGAAGCUCCACGGGGGAAGCAGGUGGGCUGGAGCGCGGGGAAUGGCCGCUUCAGGCGGCGCUGGACGCGGAGACGCGCGCGAGGAGCGGGCCGGCGGCGGGCGUGGGGGGAAGGGGGAGAGGAAGAGGGGUAGGCGGAAGGAAGGGGGCGAGAGAGGACGCGCGGAGAGCGGGGGUAGUGGGUGCGCGGGGGGGAUCGGGGAUGGGAGGGGGCAGCGCGGCAGCAAGGGGGUGGGCGAGCGACGCGUCGCUGGAGCGGCUGCAGCGCGAGGCGACGAGCUACAGGCUGUGGGGCGCGGGGGGGACAGGUGGCGCCACGUCAGCAGCAGCAGGGGCGGCGGACGCCGACGCCGCACAGCCUGCCACGCCUCCGCCGAAGCUACCAGAGCGGUUCGGAUCGGUGGAGGAGUAUGUGGGGGCGUUUGAGCCGCUGCUGUUUGAGGAGGCGCGCGCCCAGGUGGCGAGCAGUUGGGAGGAGGUGGAGGGCGGCGAGGGGGGCGGCGGGCGCGCAGGGGGGAGCAGCGCAGGCGUGGCAGUGCGAGUGGCGUCGCUGGAAGCCACCCACCGAGAGCAGCAGCAGCAGGGGGGGCGACGGGCAGGGUGGAAGGAGGGCGAGUGGAAGGAUGGCGACGUGGCUGUGCUGUCCACUGCACGGUUAGCAGCGAGCGAUGAAG